CACAUAGCCCGCGACCUCGUCCCCCUCGCCGACCUCGAGCACUCCCUCUACCGCCACCUCUACCCCUUCGACCCCGCCGCCCCCGCCGCACCCCCGCCCCCGCUCCCUGCCCUCGCCAUGGCUGCCUCCCCGCGGCAGUCGCCCUCCUCCCUCUCUCCGCCCCCCCUCUCCCACUCCGAGGGCUCCUCCAAGGCCUCGUCCACCCCGGAGGCCUGCACGCCCCCGCCCGCCGCCUCCGCCCCCACCGUUGACGACCCCUCCUGCCGCUACGACUGCCAAUGGCAAGACUGCGACAAGGUGUACCCCGAGCCGGAGGCCCUCUACAACCACCUCUGCAACGACCACAUCGGCCGCAAGAGCACCGGAAAUCUGUGUCUUACCUGCAAAUGGAAAGACUGCAGCACGAGCUGCGCAAAGCGUGAUCACAUUACCAGCCAUCUCCGAGUCCAUACCCCACUCAAGCCGCACGUCUGCGUGAUCUGUAAGAAGCCGUUCAAGCGUCCCCAGGACCUGAAGAAGCACGAGAAGAUCCAUACCGAGGAGCACCACGCCCAACACAAACACUCCAAGGCGAUUACCGUCUCCGACCCGACCUACUCGUCGCGUGUCCGCGGCGACCCGUCUGCGGACCAGGACAACAAGAUUCUGCCGCCUCACCUCGCCGCCCUGCAUGGUAUGGACAAAGUUCAAAUCCCCGUCGCGCGCGCGAAGUCGAAUUCCCUCUCUGACCGCUCUUCAGGACCAGAGUACGGGGGCAUUCUGUCCACACCUUCUCCCGAGAUUGAGCAGGCGGUUGUCCGAUAUUCGAACCCAGACGCACACUCGUCGCGGACGCAGCUCUAUCAAAUGCAAAACCACCAUCAGCUGCCCACUUGGGAAGUUCUCACGGUCGAUGGCACGCCCAACCGGACGGCGGGCGGUGGCGCGAAGCGAUCUCACGACGAGUACAGCGUCGACGACUUCGUCACCGAUGUCAAGAAGCGCAGAGUUAAUCCUGCCUACGAUCCCCAUAUGGCUGCCCGGUUGAACACGCUCGCUUACCAGCAGCACAUGGGUGUGGGCUCGGCUGCUCCGCCGCAGAGCCAGGCUGACUUCAACCCGCGUUCCGUUUCGUUCGACAUCCGCAGUCCAGAGGAACUUGCCGCUGUGAAUGAGUUCUUGAUUACCCUCGGCCGCGAUGUCGCCGGCAACAGUGCUGCCCAUCGUGUGCACCAUCCGCCUCCCCCUUCUGAGACUAACCCCAACUCGUUCUUCGAUGCUACGUCGCUCAGUCAGCUUGGUCUCGCUGGCAUGCCCGGCAUACCAGCGGUGUCUGGUCCGGGCUCUGGUUCAGGCUAUCAAGGCGACUCAGGUUAUCUCUCCGUCGACUACUCAUCUCACCAUCUUCCUCCCGUCUACCCAAGUCGCUCCUCUCACCAGUCCGUGCAGCCGGUUCACUUCACGCAUCCAGCCGAACCCCCGAUCCCGUAUGCCUCGCAAUACUCAGGUGCUCGGAUUCGCGGUCAGCGCAUCUCGUCCGACUUUGAUGACGUACAGUCUCGCUACAUGCACCCUGAGACGCAACAGGGCCACUACGGCUACAUGCAGGGGCAUUACCUCACACCGCCGUUGGACGGUAUGCCAAAUCCGGGAGCGUCGCCGAUGUCCCCGUCGUCUACGCCGUCAACAGGGACGCCGCCGCACUUGGGUGAGCCCUCGUCCAUGUUCACCCAGGAGGGCACGGCUGUCUUCGACUACCUCCGGCCGAGCAAGGCGCCACCGCCCGUCCAGCUUGCGCCUAUGGAUUAUGGAGGCAACCGCAUGCGUUCGUCCGUGCUGCUCAAGACGGCGCCGGGCAGUGUACCGAGGCCGGCCCCGAUGGAGCCCAAGUUGGGAAUGACUGUGCACAGGGGCCCGCCCGCGAAGCUCACGUCGAGGGACGUCACCGAGCUUGGGACGUCGCUCUCGCGCCCGUCGAUCCCAUCGAGCUCGUCCUCCAGAGACGGUUCGCUCUACCCGCUGCUCACAUCGGGCGACGAGCAGUACAAGCUCGCGCCGCUGAAGACGCGGUAUCGCUCGCCGUCACCACCCGCGUCAGAAUCGGCGUCGUCGCCGAUGCUCUCGCGCGCUUCGACGCUAUCGCCCACGCCGUUCGAGUCGUCGCGGCCUUCAACUGCGUCGUCGUCGUCCUCGCCUAGCCCGCGGCCUACGAUCCUCCCUAGCAUUCACGAGAUCGCGCAGGGAGCUGCACGCUCGAAGGCGCGCCGGCGGGAUUCAGACGACCUUGCUCGCGCUGUCGGUCAGAUCGAGCUCGAGAGCCGAUCCGCCCGCGACGACCCUGCGCAGCGCGAGGCACAUGCGCGCCUCGUGCGGGACCUCCUUGUCUCGAUCAACCUGGAGUACAGGAAUAAGUUCGGUACACCACCCUCUGAUGCACGGCGUGUGCGCGCACACGAAGAGGUGCGGGACGUAGAGAUGGUCGUUGCGUGAUGCUGCUGUUGCUGCUUCGCACCGGCUUGUACUAUUCGGACGAACUUAUUACAGUAUUCUACGAUCGCUCUCAUUGUAUCAUCACUCCUGUUGUGUAGUGUAGAGUACGCUUACCCAAUGUCAUGAGUUCCGUGUCCCGCAUUCCGACACUUUUCUUACGACAUUCCCGUCGCAAUCAACCAUCUCGUUAUGCCGAACCAUCAAA